AUUCAUUAUUGGAAUACAGUCAUUGUUCUUCUAUUCUGACACAAUGCACGUCUUUCCUCUGCCCAAUCUACCUGAGAAAUCUUCGAAUUAUGUUCUUCGAAGAAUGCCUUUAACACAAUUAAUUGGAUUUGCUCUCAUUUCUAAAAGGACGAAAGAUCAAGCUGAGCGUCUGAAUGUCAAAAUGAAAAGUGUUGAUGUGUGGAUUGAUGAGGCAAUAAAAAUUUUCAUUUGGGCCGAUUCCGAUGAACGUAUUCCGUCCGUGUUCGUUAAAUUCCUCGUUAGUCAAGCCCCUAAUGAUCCUGGUAAACGUGAAUUCACUCUAAGGACUCGUGAAGGAAAAACUUGGCCCAAGUUUGGAGCGAGACAAUUUUUGGAUCAUGCUCUCGAAGUAUGCAACGAAGUAUGCAUUAUUAGAAUUACUCUCCUCUGUGAUAAGAUUGAUUGCGACGGGAAUAAAAUUUGUGAUAUGUUCGAUGGUUUGACAAUUGAAUCAUUAUCAGUGUGUUUUGAACACUUACAAUUAGUUAAUCCUUUUUUCCAACAAAUGUUGACGAAAUUUUCUCGCCAAUCUAAAAUGGUUAGCUGGAUGGGAAAUCCAUUUCCACAUGACGAUUCACAUCGAAUACAAAUAAUUCUGUGUCAAUUCAUUCACUCAGUUCACCUUCCGGCAAAACUUUUUUCUAAUGUCCGCGUACUGCUGGAUGGCCUGUUAAUCGCCGACGCUGUUUUGCUGUGGAAUAUGGAUAAAAUGUGCUUGAAAGACGUCAACAUAUUCUUGAAACACUGGAUUCAUGGUUCCAACACUAAACUUGAAUCCGCCAGUUUGCGUCUUGAUGCCCAAGUAAUGGAAAUGAGAAUGUUCUCGAAGUGUUACUCAAAAAUGUGGAAUACCAGAUGGCACCUCCGGAGCGGGAAUUUGUGUAUAUUAGGGCAAAUGGAUCAAAAGAACACAUUAGAGGCGAAAUAGUUGUUCGACGAAAGGAUGGAACAAUGACAACUAUUGUUUUAAACCACGAAAAUUCUUAUUUUAAAAUGUUCGUGCACUUAUAACUUUUAUGUUUUCCUUUCCUGUUGUUCCACAUGUCCUGAACCUACAACUUGUUUUCCACGUUUUAAUCACUAUAAUUCUCUUAUCUCUACCAUCAAUAUCUCUAUAUAUCUCUUAUCUCUUAAAAAUAUCUUUAGCAAAUAUCUCUUAGCGAAGGGACCUGCGUCUCUCUUCGCCACACACUCUCUGGCUGCCGCGGCCUGCCAAUACUUUCGUGCCAGUAAAUAGGCAUUCUCAUGAUCUCAUGGUUCCGUAAUAUAACUUCAAUAACUUUUAUCCGUUUCUCUUUUCUAUUGUUCCACAUGUUCUGAACCAAAAGCGUGUUUUCCACGUUUUAAUCACAAUAAUUCUUUUCUGUUUCAUUGUUCCUGAUAAUUUAUUGAUGACUUCCGAAUAAAUUUGUUUUAUCA